AUGGAGCCCGCCCAGCCCCGGCGGGGCUCUCACCACCGCCGCCGCCUCCUGCUGCAGGACCAGCCGCGGCUGCUCGCGCCCGCGCCGGACCGCCGCAGGAGCCUGGGCUGCGGCAGCUCGAAUGAAAAUUAUGUACAGAUGUUAGAAGCAAGGAAUGUCAAUCUACAAAGGACGUCCUCUUCUGAUUCUACAGAUUCAGGCUGCUGUAUGGACUCUCCUACCCUGCUCAGCAUGAAAGACCUUGAUGAAACUUUUCGGGUGCCCAUACGAAGAAUGCAUUCUCUCCCGCACAGCCUCCUGGGUUGUAGCCCUGCCUUGAAGAGGAGCCACUCAGACUUGCUGGACUGUGAGGUCUUCCAGUCAUGUGAUGCUGAGGAGAACAAAGAGAAUGAGCCCUUUGAAUUUAAGAAGCCAACAAAACCAGCUUCUCGUAGCUGUCUGCGUAUCUCAUCCCUUGAAGAUGAGAAAGAUGCUUCGGAACUGAGGCAGAAGCCUGAGACGGCACUUUUGUUUUGUAGUGGUGGAACUUUUGACCAAGAUCUUGGAGGCUACAGCCCAGCAUUCCUGAGGCGGCAGUCCCGGAAGGUGUCAGAAGCGGAAGAUGACGACGAUGGAUUCUUGGAGAUCAUUGAUAGUCAGGAUGUCAUUGAUGAUGGAAAGGUGCCCUCUGACAUGGCGAGGCUCUGGACUGCUCCCCUGGUGAUGAUGAAGAAGAGAGAAGAGAGCCAUAAUAAGCAGUGCCGGCUGCUGAGCAUGGAAGGCAAGCCGCACGGUGCGGCCAAAGCCGCCCUGAAGAGAAUGGAGCGGUCCCAGGAAGAAAAUGCCCCAGGCUGCAGCAAGAGGAGGAAGAAUGUCUGCAGAGCACCCUCUGAGGAGCUGACGAGUCUGGUCCUGGCUCAGACACAGUCUUCCUCCUCCGCCUCUUCAGCUGAGAUAGAGAACAUCCUGGACAGCGACCAAGGGGACCUUAUUGGAGACUUUUCAAAGGUUUACCUUUUCCACACUGUCAGUGGGAAGCAUCAAGAUUUGAAGUACAUCGACUCCGAAAUGAUUGUUGCAGUUUUGAAUGGCAAGUUUUCAAGGUUCAUUAAAGAGUGUGUGAUCAUCGACUGCCGAUACCCUUAUGAGUACGAAGGUGGCCAUAUCAAGGGCGCUGUCAACCUUCCCAUGGAGGAGGAUGUAGAGGCAUUCUUGCUGAAGAAGCCCAUCUUGUCGUCCGGCAACAAACGGGUCAUUGUUGUCUUCCAUUGCGAGUUCUCAUCGGAGCGGGGCCCCCGGAUGUGCCGCUUUGUCAGGGAGAGAGACCGGCUCGGCAACGAGUACCCCACCUUGCACUACCCUGAACUGUACGUCUUGAAAGGGGGCUACAAGGACUUCUUCUUGAAAUGCAAGAGCUACUGUGAGCCCCAGGGCUAUCGCCCUAUGCACCACGAGGACUUCAAGGAAGACCUGCGCAAAUUCCGCACAAAAAGCCGGACGUGGGCAGGCGAGAAGAGCAAAAGGGAACACUACAGUCGCCUGAAGAAGCUCUGAGGGAUGGGCUUGUCGACCGGAUUCUGCCCACCUGCCCAGCCCUUGGAGGAUGGGAGACGCAAGCUUUUGCUUCGGCUGUGGUCCUCAUGGGAUUGUGUUGCUCCUCAUGCGGCCUUUGCUUUGCUGUCCACUGAAUCUCUUCCUGCAGGCUGGUGUGGAGUGGUGGUCUCGCCCCUCUCACGCAUGGACCCCAGUGGCUGCAUUCUGGUGAAUCUGGGAGUUGCGUACCUAUUUAUCAAGACAAUCCAUGUAACCAGAGUAUAUAUGAGAAGCGGGAGGAUGUAACUGCCUUGUGGAGUAUUCAUUGCAAGCUAUUUUGUGGAUUUUAAAGUGGUGCCUUUUUAUUUAGUACAGUCAAAUGAAGCUAAUUUUAUCUCUGUGGCUGAGCUACCUGGAUCGAUUCAUGGCCCUGUUCAGGGCAGCCAGGAGGAUGAGACUCUGGAGUGCUGUCCUCUGAGCUGCAGCUCUCGGGUGUGUCCUCACCUUUGUGUACAGUCAGUAUCAUACGUGAGUGUCUGGAAGAGACGUGGAAAAUAAUUCGUGGAAUUUGGUUAGCUUUUCAUGGGAAAACAUCUAUGUGCCGUCAAACAUGGAGUCGGUUUGUCAGGUUGUUGACUUAUUCUCUGACCUGGUGGCCUUCCCUGCUUCAUCAGAGAGAGACCUGGGGGUGGGGUGGGGGUGGCACUUCCCAGAGGUCACCGAGCAGCAGGUAAUCCUUGGCAUGGCCCAGUGCCAAACGUAGCCACUACAUACAUGCGCACCGUGUGUGCGCGCGCGUCUGCGCGCGUUAGGGAGGUGGGAUUGUGGGGUGUUGCUGAAGCGAUCAUGGUGUGUGCCUGCCCUGCCCUGUCCUAGCGAAGCUGAGGGUUGCGGCUCCUUUGGAGAAGUUCGCUCUCUCGUGUGCCUUCCUCAGGCAAGAAGGUUUACGAAGGCCGGCAUUUCCCUCCCUGUUAAACAACGAGGGAUGGAGCUUCGCAGAGGCUUUGUGAGCCGCACAGGGUGAAAUACAGGGCUCAUGUCAGCUCGCUGAAGCUGCUGUCUGACAUCUCUCCAGGUAGCUAAAUUGUGGCAGUAGAAGGAGCUGCAGUAUUUGAAUCCUGGCCGGAAAUCUCACUGCAGACGUUUCAGCCCUGAGUUUGUGUCUGUGGUCACAGUUGCAGGCAACACUGAACCAUGGAUCGUUGCUGCAUACCAGGCUGGAGCGAAGAAUCACAAGAAACCAGUAGGCUGCCUCUUAAUGGCAGGGGUGGGGGCUGGCCUAUUGGGCAUCCGUACCUUGGUGAAGUUGUGUCGCAUUCGCAUGAGUGGCUGCACCGUGCUCAACAUGGCACCCCUGGUAUAUGGACACCGGCAUGGGCAACGUUUCUGGGGCAGCUCGAGGAUGCCGGGCCGGCCGGGGGCUGUACGUCUCUCUUGCCUGCCUUUGCUUCUCUCCCUCGAGCAGCCAGCUGCAUUUCAUCUUGAAACAUUUAAUUUACACCCGUUAUUUAAAUUAUCCCACCAGCGCACGUCAGCACAGCAUUGCCGCCAGCAUGCUCUGUUGUGACCGUCCACGGUCGCGCCAUCCCACCGUGAGCAGCUGAAGCAGCGCCUUGCACCGCAAGCCCACCGAGGCACAGGGCAAGAGUGUCUCCGAGCAGGUUCUUUUGCCUUGGGGCAUUAGGUGCAGACCAGAGGGCAUGUUGAGCCCCCGCAGGGGAGAAAGCAGGAUUGUGCAAAGGGAACGGAGCGGAGGCAAAGGGAAAGCGUUGUGUUCUUUGGUCUCCUGGGAGCGGUGGCGGCAGUUGUGAGGAGAGGAAGGAUGCGAAAGCUUUGGUGCAGCAGAGGAGAGAAAGCUCGUAGCUGCAGCGGGCGCCAUGGCUGGUCUUGUUGUCGGGAGGCACAUGGGAGAUCAGAGGCUGCUGCUUCUGCGGGGCAGAACCCACAUUUGGUACUGCAGUGGGGUGAGGAGAGCACAGAAAAAGCGGCGGCGGGAGGCCCCGGCUAGCAGUGCGGCGGGUGCUUCCGGGGUGGA